UAUGUGCAUCUGUUUUGAUGAUAAAAGUCAAUUCUUUAUUUUCAUUUGUCAUUGUCUCAGCUAGCAGUAGUUUUCAGUUAUUUUAGCUAAUUAAGAGCAUUUAGAUAGGCUGAAAGAGUUAACGGAAGAACUCAGAGAUAAAAUUACUUCAGUGAACGUUUCCACUAUUAAAUAAACCCGCUAAAAAAUGCCCCACAGUCACGAUCAUGGACCCGGAUGUUCACAUGAAGCCACUGAUGUGGAUAAUGCCCUAGAAAUGGGAAUCCAGUACAGUCUGUAUGCGAAAAUCGAUAUGAUCAAUUUGGAAUGCCUGAACGAAGAGACUGAAGGCAGUGGAAAGCUGGUAUUCAAACCGUACGAGGAUCGACUAGAUUUCAGUAAGUUCGUACGAAGCGAUGCCGAUGAAGAACUGCUACUUAAUAUUCCGUUCACCGGCAACAUCAAACUGAAAGCGAUGAUUAUAAUUGGGGCGAACGACGAUUCUCAUCCGAAUAGAGUGAGACUGUACAAAAAUCGGCCGAAAAUGUGCUUCGAUGACUGCCAGUCAACACCCGAUCAAGAGUUCGAACUGCACCGUGACAUUGAUGGUACAUUCGAAUAUCCGAUUAAGACGGUACAGUUUUCAUCCGUGCAUCAUUUAUCGCUACAUUUCCCGUCGAAUUUCGGCUCUGAUACGUCAUGCAUUUACUACAUCGGUUUGAGGGGCGAAUUCACACCUCAACAUCAUCAUGGCGUUACAAUCUGCACCUAUGAAUCCAGACCAAAUGUAUCGGAUCACAAGCAAGAUCUCUUCGAUUCGGUUAAUCAACAGAUUCACUGAAGGAAGAACCUCGACCUCUUUUGGUGUUUUGUAAAAUACCGAUUUUGAUAUCAAUAAACGAGACACUUCAACAUA